AUGUUCAAACUUCAAACUCCAAUUAUUCAAAACCUUUCUCAACAACCUAUUCAAAACAACAUGGAUAGUCAAGUACAAUUUAGUUUCCUCAAGGAUGAGGAAUUAAUUCAAAUUCAUGCCGAUUGUAAAAAAUUAACUCAAUCUGGGAUACUAAAGGAAAUUUUAGAUUCCACUGAUGGUACUGUUUGUGUUUAUUUACCAAAAUGGGAUAUGGAUGAAUAUCAAGAUAUUAUUGGAUUAUAUCUUAUGUGGUAUAAUCAAUCACAUAAAUCAAAUACUAUUUCACAUGUUAACAUUACAUCUUCAAUACUUCCAGAUAAAAUGAACGACAUUGUGAAUGCUGUUUAUGGGACUCAAAUGUUUACUUAUUAUCAGCAUAAAAAUUUCUGUGUCCUCCAUAAUGCACCAGAGAAACUACUUCCAAAUGUAAAGAUUUAUAUGGAUUCAACUACAAAUAAGUCCAAUGAAGGUUUAAUUAGAUUCAUGCAAUUAAAAUUCUGGAAUGAGUAUUUGAAAGAUUGGGUGAAACAAUUUAAUGUUGCAAUGACAUUUAUGAGUAAAGAUAAAUGUUUCUUAAUGGGAAAUUUUGAAGAUGAUGAAGAAAAUGAAGAAAGAAAAAAUCUUUUUGAAUGUUAUGAUUGGGCUUUUUACCAUUUAUUAGCCUUUUUGUCUAGAAUUUCAAUGUUGUAUGCUUUAUUACAACCAAAUCUUAAGGGUUCAAAGGAACCUAAAAUGAUAAUGGAUCUUUAUCAAAACACCCUAGAGGCGUUACACGAUAAAGAAGAUUUUGUUUUAGAUUUUGUCAAAGAAUAUAAAGAUAUGAGAAGAGAAAUAGACAGAAAAAAAAUUGCUUUCUAA